UACUACCCCCUUAACGACAGAACCUCUAACAACGACAACCAGCGAGGCGACAACCAGCGAGACGACAACCACAGCAGAAAGUGAAAUUACUUCGACCUCGUCCACAACUUCCAUCGAAAGUGGCUAUAUGACAACCAGCGACCCAGCUUCAAAUGUUAUGAGCGACACAUCAACAACGACAACGAACGAGGAAACUUCAAUGGUGACUAGCACUGCAUAUUCGACGACAGCGAGUGAUACCUCUCUGAUAUCUGGUAUAGCGACUAGUACUUAUUCAUCGAGCACUUUCGAAACGACAACUUUGACCACAAGCGAGACCAUCACCGCCUCAGAAUCUACGACUUCGGCGGACAUGGAGACAGUGGAGAGCAGUGCCAGUAGUUCAACCUUCUCAACUACUACAGCUUUAUACAUUUCUACAAACUCGCUUACGACAUCUCAAGACUCCUCCAGCAACUCAUUUCCAACUUCGUAUCUCACCAUAAUAACGUCAGUCACGAUUCAAAGCUCAAGCUUGGUGUUCACACCUUCGACAAUCACAACAACAGACGUGGAAUCCUUCAGUUCGGCCGCACCUGAAACAAGUACUUCGACAGAGCCUGUGAGCACAACUUCGUCUGAUUCAUCCACAGUCAUCUCUUCAUCUUCAACAGAAUCCAGUGACAGCAGCCUUUCCUCAUCAACUACCUCGGAAACAGAAAUUAUUACAAGCACAACAACGGAAUUCGACUCCACGAGUGAAAGUGAGAUCGUGACUUCGACUAUCUCGGAUACAUCACCGGGCACUUCAGUACUCAGUUCAUCUGCUUCAUCGUCAGGCCCACUCGAUACAACUAGAAGACCAACUUCUGACGCUACUACGUCAACCUCGAAUGCUUCAGAUGCAUCAACCAGCCCAGAAAGCACCGAGGCGCAGGUCACAACCACCACCUCAUCAGGUACUUCAUCAACCACAGCAAGUUUCACUAGUACGGAAGCCUCCACAACAGACACCUCUACUAGCCCAUCGACAACGACGCUAGAUAAUAGCCCGACAGAAAUAAGCAGUUCUUCAAACGAUCAACAGAGUACAAACUCCGAUACUACGACCGUCACCUCUGAAACAUCAAGUAGUAGUUUCACAGAAAGCUCAGUUACAGAUCAUACAUCCUACCAAGGAUCGGCGAGCAGCACUAGUGCUUUCCCGACCACGUCAGACAUCCCAACACUGAUCCAGAGCUCCUUAAUCCUCUCUUCCACUACUUCGACAACAUUGAGUUCACAGUACAUCACCAUAACCUCGUCCGCCUCAUCAUCCUCUGCAACGACUACCUUCACGAUUUGCGGGGACGGCUCGACUCUUGCGAGGAUCACCAGCGCCGGGGUAUCGAUCUCGAUUUGUGUACCGACAUCGAUUACAAUCUCACUACCAGAGUCCACCUCCACAGACGGAACCAUUCUCACUACUAGCUCAGUCGCUACCACCAGCCCCUCAACCAUUGUAGAGAGCGCCAGUGGAAAUACUACCACGCAAAGUGAUACUAGUGUUACCGAGUCAUCAAGCAAUGUUUCCAAUCCAACCACAUCUUUCCAGGUGACGACGUCAAUCCAUGAGAGCCCACUUUCAAGUGAAGUGACAACAAGUACGACUAGAUUCACAACAGAUUUCGCCACAGAGAGCACAACAAGUAGUACAGCAACGUAUUCAACUGAGACUAUAACAUCUUCUUCUGCCACACACGUCUCUACGCCUACGUUAGAGAUAAGUACAAGCCCAUCAUCAUUAUUAUCAUCGAGCAGUUUAGCAACCACAACCUCGUCAACGAUUGAUGUCACUUCAUCGCCAGAGUCGACUUUAGUUCCCAUGGUCUCUAGCUCAACGACUUCCUACACCAGUUCGGCCAGCUUCGAAGACACGACAAAAUUGGAAAGCACUUCUAGCACGGUGGUCAUGCCCACUCAGACCAGUACAGUCGCUACCACUGCUAUAAUCACAACUUCCGAAGCCACCAUCUCUAGCACCCGGAUUGUUGACACUACCUCGAGCACAUUUACCGUCCCGAACACGACCACCGGCUUUUCCAGCACCAGUAUCCUGACGGCCUACACUACGAGCAUUUCAGGUUCCGCAGCAAGUGAUUUGAGCGCAAUAACAAGCUCAGCAACAAACCCACCGUCGUCUUCAUCAAGCGGGCAGACGUCCUCCUCUGCUUCAGCUCUGCUCUCUACAUCUUUCAUAUUUUCCACAAUAAUCCAAGACACAACUACAUCAUCGUUGACAGCUCAUCUCACUUCUAGUCUAACUUCUAUACUCUCCUCGUCAUUAGGAACAACAACCCCGUUAACCUCCACGAAUGUAAUUGGGACCACAGAGUCAGCAAGCACCACGAUCACUCAAAGUUCUCCUAUGGCUUCCUCGUCCAUUCCGACCACCAGCUUCUCCCUUUACACAUCCUUUACUAGCCUUGGUGCCUCAGGGACUUCCAUUCUUACGUCGAGCACAUCACCUUCGGCAACUACCGGCAUCUCAUCCACAAACGAGUACUCGACAGCAUUGCCCACGAGCGCAGUCAAGACAUCGUCCUCCGUCGUCACUACGGCCAUCGAUAGUAGUACUACAGUCAUAGUAUCAACCUCCUUCUCUCCAGACUCAACGUCGAUUGCAUCGACAAUCUCCAGCCCAACUUCAAGUUCUUUGCCUGAGACUACUACUGCUACGAUCAUCGUCACCACAACCUCCACUGUACAACAAACUUCUCUGACUUCCUCUUUGACUCCUGUUAGCUCUUCAAGCUCUUCUUCAAUCUCGACACAUUCAUCUUCUCCGUCAACCUCCUCACAUAUCCCUUCCAGCUCCUCGCCCUCAUCCUCUUCACUUAGCUCUGGGGUUACCUCUUCUGCCGGGUCAACUGUCAUUUCCACCUUUAUCUCCUCCUCGAGCAGCGUUUCAACGAGUUCUGUAUCAACAAAAUCUGUUGAUCCGAUCACCACUACAAUCCCAUCGACGGUCAUCGCUUCAUCGACAUCGUCUGAGGGCUCGAAUACAUCUGUAUUCACCUCUUCUCCUUCGAGCUCGGUUUUAAGUUCCACCCAGUUGAGCACGCCUUCUACCAUCGCCACUAUAUCUUCAGCUGGCUCAGGAUCGAGUUCAAUAAGUAUAUCCAGUGGCUCAGCUGUUUCCUCUACAGAUGGCUCUGGAACGUCAACAUCUCCAGCGACAUCUCCAGCAACGUCCUCGCACAGCAGCUCGACUGUAUCACUAUCCACCGCUGCUUCUACAAUUCCAUCCUCGCCUAGCUCUACGGCCCCUUCUUCGUCCUUGAGCACUUCUAGAUCCUCGACAUCAUCACCUUCAACUGCUAUAAUCUUGUCUUUGUCUUCAACUUCCACUCCAGCGUCUUCGUCUCCGACAUCUGUCCUUGUCUCCUCUUCUAGCUCCACCACCCUUGCCACUAUAACUGUGACAACAACUCGGAGCUCUUCAACUGCGGUCGGUCCUACCACUGUCAUGACAUCUCUGGUCAGUACUACAAGCCCUGCUACUACGACAACCAGCAGACCACGACGACGCCGACGAAGACAUGAAAAUCACCGUACUGUAAAUUGAAAAUGAGGAAUGAACGGGGGAGUUCUUGGGCUUCGUACCUAGGUACCUACAUGUUACCUGUAUACUACCUACUAUACGCAAGCGACUUACAAGAUUCAUUUCAAACGGGAAAAGUCUGAACACUAUGACGAUUGGUAUCAAAUUUAAUAAUCUUGUUGAUGCUAUCAUGACUCGAUGCAGAUGACCCAUACUGAAACCCUACCACAGGGGCCUUUCAGGGCACUCGUCCAUGACUAUAAAUUAGAACACGUAGUUGACUUCCAAAGACAAAACAAGUAAGUCGACUUAGUCGGGAAUAUGAACAUUACUCGAUCACGCCUCAAUGGCCAUCCCAACCUCCGUACCUAUCCCGUCCA